AUGCCAACACUUCCUCUGCCCUUGCCCAUGGCAAAAGGCCACUUCUUUGUGGCAGGAGGCUGGCAGGUACCUCGCACCUUUGUCACGCCCAACGGGGUGGUGUUAGUCACCGAGCUGCGGUUAAGGUGUUACUUGGAAGAUGGAGCUUCAAAGGGCGCCUGGCUGAAUCGGUCGAGCAUUAUUUUUGCUGGAAGUGAUAAGUGGUCGGUGGAUCCUCGAGUGUCGAUCGCAACAGCCAACAGAAGAGAGUACAGCCUGCAGAUACAGGACGUGGACGUGACAGAUGACGGUCCGUACACCUGCUCCGUGCAAACCCAGCACACUCCUAGGACGAUGCAGGUGCACUUAACGGUACAAGUUUCUCCGAAGAUAUUCCGUAUUUCGACCGACAUCGUUGUGAACGAAGGCAGCAACGUCACGCUGGUGUGCCUGGCCACGGGGAAGCCGGAGCCUUCCAUUUCUUGGAGGCACAUCUCUCCCUCCGCAAAACCAUUUGAGAGCGGGCAGUACCUGGACAUCUAUGGAAUUACAAGAGACCAGGCUGGGGAAUAUGAAUGCAGUGCGGAAAAUGAUGUCUCAGUCCCAGAUGUGAAAAAAGUAAAAGUCACAGUAAACUUUGCCCCCACAAUUCAGGAACUUAAAUCCAGCGGUGUGAUGCUUGGAGGGAACGGCCUGAUACGGUGCGAAGGUGCAGGAGUUCCUGCCCCGGUCUUUGAGUGGUACAAAGGAGAGAGGAAACUGAUCAAUGGUCAACAAGGAAUUACUAUUAAAAAUUAUAGUACAAGAUCACUUCUUACUGUUACCAAUGUGACAGAAGAGCAUUUUGGCAACUAUACAUGUGUCGCUGCCAACAAGCUAGGGACGACCAAUGCCAGCCUGCCUCUCAACCAAAUUAUUGAGCCUACUACCUCUAGUCCUGUCUCAAGCCCAGCUCCCAGUACAGCCCAGUACGGGAUCACCGGUGACGCCGAAGUCCUCUUCUCCUGUUGGUACCUUGUGUUGACACUGUCCUCCCUCACCAGCAUAUUCUACCUGAAGAACAUCAUUCUGCACUAAGUGUAAAGACCCAUAAAAGGCUUUUAAGGAUUCUCUGAAAGUGCUGAUGACUGGAUCCAAUCUGGUAGAGUUUGUUAAAAGCAGCGUGGGAUAUAAUCAGCAGUGCUUACAUGGGGAUGAUCGCCUUCUGUAGAAUUGCUCAUUAUGUAAAUACUUUAAUUCUACUCCUUUUUUUGAUUAGCUGCAUUACCUUGUGAAGCAGUACACAUUGUCCUUUUUUAAGACGUGAAAGCUCUGAAAUUACUUUUAGAGGAUAUUAAUCGUGAUUUCAUGUUUGUAAUCUACAAGUUUUCAAAAGCAUUCAGUCAUGGUCUGCUGAGUUGCAGACCGUAGUUUACAAAAAAAAAAAAAUAUUGCAGUAAAAAUGUGCUUCUUUAAGGCUGCAAUACAAAUAUUCAGUUCCCUUCUUAAAUAGCAUUCUAUCCACAUUUACACAGAAAUAUUUUUUCUUUUUUUGAUAAAAAAAAAUCAAAUAAUAUUGCCUUCAAAAUAUUUCUUCAAAAAUAUUACACAUAUCUAGAUUUUCUUCUAGCAUGAUAUUCAGGUUUCAAGAAUGAGCCUUGUAUUAUAACUGCAUUGUGCAGUACCGCUUUCCCUUUUCUUUCCUUUUUUCCUGCAAAUUCAGCAUGGGUGUGCCUUCAUAAAACACUACUUUCCUCUUCCUCUCCGACUAAUCUGGAACGUGUUUUGGGAAAUGCUAAAGCAUCCUUUUGAGCGUAAGAGAUCUCUAGUCGAGGACAAAGGUGCUAUGGGCUAAAAGGAAAAACUCCUCUCCCACCUCCCGGCGGUCAUCAAACUGCUGCAGACUAAACUUAGCGUUUUUAGGCAAUCAGUCAAGGACGGCACCAA